AUGCUUCCGACCGCAUCGAGAGGGCGCACGCCCUCCAGCCUGCGGCCCGCGUCUACCUUCUCCCAUUACCUCCGCAGGAUUGUGAAGGUUCGCCAUCCAUUCCGCCCCGCCCCCGUGCUCUCUGUUUUAUUUUUCAUUUGGUUCAUCAUUAAUUAUUGAUUUGUCUCUCUCACUCACUCCUUCCCCUCUCUUCCUUUCUCUGUCUAGCAUCAUGUUAUGUUCCUAAUGAUGCAUUACUUCCUGCUAAGAUGCUUCUUCAGUACUCAUGUUUGCCUCACUUUGGAGCAGCGUGUUCCGGUAGAAAGCCACUCAAGACAUGCUUUCUUAUGUUUACUCUUACGAGAACGCAGAAAGAUUUUGUUAUUUUGCACCAUCGUUCUGAAGUAACUUUGCUCUUCCUGUAGUUCUACAAUUAGCUUCUUUCGAUUUUGUGCUUAUAGUGUAUGAAGUAUGCCAUUUCCUGUGAGCAUUAAUUCUAAAAUAUCAUAAGAUAAACUAAAACGUAGAACAAGUAGCUGAAACAGGAAAAAACACGUUUACUAACAGCCCAAAGAAGCUUUAGUACUCAUCUAAGGGCAUCCUGACCUAUCAUUUAUCAUUGACGGAAGGAGAAAGAGGUUAUCUCUGAUCUUUAUUCUUUGGAACUAGUGAACCACAAAUGUUAGCCUCACGAAUGAUGUUCGCAAUUUCUGACAUUGUUUGAAAUGUUUUAUUAGCGCUCUCCCACAAUGUGAGCCGGAUAAUUAAUAGAAUGACCUUCCACGGGUCAAUCUACAGACACCUAAAGAAACUGUACCAGUAUCUCAGUUGACGAUGAAGCACUUGUUUGAUAGUCUACCUGAAAGAUUACUGUUCCUGAUAUUUGCUGAAAAAUUGAUAUUUGCAUGUUCUAAAAAGAGGUGACCAAUGGUUUCUUUGUGAGAGGUGCUGAAUGUGCGUGAUGUUUAAAUCAGAAAUCUGAAUUCUACCACAAGGUGAUAACUUUUGUCCCCUCUCCAAAUGAAAACUUUCACUCUGUGAGGAAGUUUUUGUACCAAAUUUCACAGUUACCAUAUCAUUCUUCCAAAGGAGCUAACAUUAAUUGCAUUCCAUCUCCUUGUAUUUUUUGUCUUCCAAUAUAUGACAUAACUGAGGUCAAUAAUCUGUCCUCUAUUCCCCAUGCUCUUUGGUCGCCAUUUGAUUUUCAAACUUUCAGGUCGCAGAAAUCAGCGAUUUUAUGGUCCAUAAAAUCUUUCUGCAACCUUUCUUCAUGUUGCAGAAACUUCCAAGCAUUAUCUUCUUUGUUCUAUGCACCCAUCCUACAUUUGUGCGUUGUUCAAUUGAGCUUUUAAAUUGACACAAAUUGAUAAAAAAUAUGGAAAAUCAUUAUUUUUCUUGAAGUGAUUGAUAUUGCAAAUAAAAUUGAGGAAAUAAACUUCCAUUCAUUCCCAGAAGUAAAAUAUUUAGGCUUUGGCAUUUUCCCCAACUCGCAGACCAUGGUUGGCAAUACCGUCUUGAGGGAUGCUAUCAUGCAAGCAGGCAGUUGGGUAGCCAAAGCUUGAGUCUGUAUUAAUCUGGCAUAUAGUUGACUGAGUAUUUGAGACAUCAUGCCAAUGAAUUAAUACUGUCUACCUUACCAAAGAAAACAGCAACGAAGGACCAAUAAUAAAUUGUAAUCUUUUUUUUUGCUUCACUCCUGGAAUUGUCUCUGUACUGUGCUAGCACCUUAAAAUAUCCAUUCCCCUACCUUGAGGCAUCUGGCUAAGCGUUACUGCUUUUUCUUAUCUGCAUUGUUAAUUUUUCCAGAAUUCAUCAUCAUCUGCAUGCUCUGUGCUUCUAUCAUUGCCUUACGAGAGCUACUUGUUGACCCGAGUUCAGAAUAAAAGAGUGAUUGAAUCUUUGUGUGAGCUCAUCCUCCUUUGUAUCGCCCAUCGACAUUUUGUCUAUCAUUCCUUUAAAAAUGUGCCACAGACAUUUUCUACCCCGCCAUCUCCUUCUCCCACCUCUCACUACUUGUUACUUCUGCAUUAUCCAAAUUCGACUUCCCCUGUUCUUCAUCAAGAUGCACAAAUCUUAUAAAUCCAGGGUUCUUAGUGUUGCUCUUGCAAGAAGCCUCCCUCGGUGCUUGAACAAUGCUCUUAUCUUCUCCCAAAUAGCUCAUUGUCCCUCUGUUAUACUACAGUUACAGAUCAAUUUUCUUGGAUUAAAACACUUUGUUGCGGUCCUGAGUUGCUGGAAAAUGACGCCUAAUUGCUCCACAUUGCCAUAGUCUGUAACAACACGCAUGUCCUGUUCCUGCACAGGAUGAAUCCACGAUAACUUAUCCAACCAAAUGGGAGAGAAAUCUGCCUAAGUGACGUAACUGGAGCUAAAUAUCAGUAAGAAGAGGAAGGAUGUCAAACAAUGGUGCGAAAACAGAAUGGGGACGGUAACGCCAACAACAUCAACCAAAAACAAGUCAUAUAAAUCUCGUACGAGGCCCUUAUGAUAUACUAAGUGCCAUUGGAAAGAGAAGAUCCCUUCUUAAUCCUCAGCCUCAACAAGUUCAGCUCCUACCUGAUUCAUUUGGUUCUCGAUUUAGUCUGUCUGAUCGGAAUAGUCACAUCAAGUUUUAAUUUUAGAGCAUUGCCAUAUCUAAAUUUUAUAUCCAGAGCUAAUGCCUGAGCGUGCCAAAAGUUGCAGAGUGCUUGAUAAGUUAAUUACAUAAACAUUCAGAUUGUUCUGUGACACAAAGUCUUCGUAUUUCAUAAACAUUCAGAUUGUUGGUUGCCAUUUCAAUUAAGCUUCGUAUUUCAUAUUUAUUAUCUCAUUUUUUUGUGUUCACUACAGUGGCAGCAAAUGGAUAUUGAGUACACGUUCUGGCAAAUGCUUCACCUCUGUAUGUCUCCGAAAGUGGUGUAUGUACCCCUACACUUCUUCACUUUUGUUAUCACUUUUUAGUCAGUCUUUUUAAACCAUUUUAAGUAUGAAACUGCUACUAUGGUAGAUUAUUAUUAAAGAAACCAUUUUUUGGAGACUAUAAUUUGGAGGAAUGUUAAAGAAAAACGGUGUUACAAACCAAGCAACUAAGUCUCCAGGUCUAGUUGCAUGGAUCCUAUUUUUAUUCGGUAGGAUACAGCUGUCCACCAGUGUGUACUGCUAUGUCUAUUUAUUAGUUACACAGGGGUUAAAUCAGUUAUGCUAAUGAGUUGUAGUUGCGACUACUUUGAAGUUCCGUGCAAAUAUUUUUGCAAUUAACUUGUGUCGAAAAUCAAUACCAUGUUUAUCAAAUGUUAACUUUAAAUUCAUUCAUUUUUUUAUUUUUUAAAAAGAGUUUCCGUUUAAAAUGCAUAUCCCAAAUAAUUUUUCCUGCAUCUUCUUUGUAGGUUACGGUUCAAUCCCAAUUUUUUUUAAUGUUUUCUUAAAUUUCCUAAAUACGUUCAAAAUCUUCUUCAAAAAUUAUUUAUUUAAAUUUCACUUAAGAAAUGAAUAGAAAAGGGAAGUUGAUGCAUGGAUUUCUCUAAAAUGAUUAGAAUUUGAUUUCGAACGGUUACCUUGCCUUAAUCUACUUAGUGGUCUUUCCUCCUGCCAAGUUUGUGCAGAAAUCGUUGAAGCAGUACAUCCACCAUUAUGCUUCUUGAUUUGCUUGACUUAAAAAUUAAAAUGUGGGAUUUGUGUUUGCAACAAGAGUAAAAGGUUCAGAUGCCAUUCUUUGUUCCUUACAGUCAAAUGGAACCCUCUACGUGUUUUCUACUUCAACUGGUUUUAAAAAAGUGAACUUUUCUGGAGGUGAAUUACGUCAACUUGCACUUCAAUAUCUGUUGAAUCACAUUGACUUAGUGUAAUCUGUUUUCCCUGGCUUUGGAUGAACUAAUGCAAGUCCUUGCUAGGGCACCCCUAAAUUUAUCUCACAUGGAUGUGUGAAGCCAAAUCAGUGUGAGGUGGGGAACAACUCUGUCAAGGAUUGGAUCUGCUUUUAUUCUUGAAAACCAUGUAGCCAUCAAUUUCAAACACGCAUGUAUGUAAGGGGGUUUUAUGUAUUAAAUCCCUUUCUAUAUCCGUAGCUAAAUUGAGUCCACCAUCUUGAGGAAAUCAGCAUUACAUGAGAAGAUGACCCUCUAAAUACAUGAGGCUAGAGUAAGCUGACCUGAGAUGUUAAGUCACUUUUAAUCCCAAAAUCUUGUAUCCGUGUUACAAGCUUGCAUGAUAAACAAUUGCCCGGACAUCCCAGUUCGCCUUAGAGGGAUAUAUCUGAUACACUUGGGUUUUAUUUCAUUUUUAAAUGUCAAUUAGCUAGUUCACUCGGAGUUUAUAGCUUCCAGUGUAUAUCUAGAUACAGUUUCUUCAUGAACAAUGCAGCUGUAUAAAAUUUUCAUUGGAAGCAGGAUUUACAUGGAAGUGCCAUUCUGAGGUUCUCACUAUGAUUUCCUCAGAUUUAUCUGUCUUGAAACAUGAUUAAUAUCUGAUGCAAGGUUUAUGACAUAUUUCCCUGUAGUAAACGUUAGUGUUUCAUAAAAUUUGAUUGGUUGCUGCACCAUGAUAAUAUUACAUGGGAGCAAAGUUUCUUGUUUGGCCCAUUAUAGGCUAACAUUUACAAAAGUCAGAGGUCCAUGAAUAUUCAUAAUAAAGUAAAUUGUUGUAAAAAAAUGUGAUAACUUGGAGCAUCAUGUUAUUAUGCCGAGGAACUGAAGUGAUCAUGUGUAGCUUGAUUCGUAUAUUGUAGUGUGACUGUUGAAGUUGUUCUGAUUUAAUAGGCUAUCUGCUCACUUUUUGUAGAGUUCAAACGAAGACAGGAAAGUAGCUUAAUGCUUAUAUGGAUCUUAUUCUUCCGUUCUCUACCUUUUUUCCCCUAUGUUUUCUCUUAUGAGCCUUUAAGCAACAAAUAGAUAUAUUUGACUAGUUGCUAAUUUGUCUAUCAUGGGUGUCAUGUUGGCCAUCUAAUUUAAAACAUUACACCAGUGGGUCAUACUUUGGAUCAUAUUUACCUACCACUACAUGGUGGAGAAUAUCAGAACAAGGGUUUAUGCUACUUUUAUCUUGUCCAAUGUGAGUUGGAUGUAUGCAUUUUUGUAAAUAAAUUGUCUACACUCAGAAUUUUUUUAAUGUUUAAUUGUAUUAUAGUUGAGUGUUUAUGGUCAAAUCAAUCCGUACAUUUUUCUUAGGAAUAAAGGGAUCGGUUGGUUUUAGCUUAUUUAUCUAUCCCUACAUGCUUAAUGAAGGUUAUUUUUAUUCAUUUUUAUUUUAAUGACAAAGUUUGAUUACUAUCUUAUCGAAAUUUCUAGCUUAUUUAUCUAUCCCUACAUGCUUAAUGAAGGUUAUUUUUAUUCAUUUUUAUUUUAAUGACAAAGUUUGAUUACUAUCUUAUCGAAAUUUCUCUUACUAAUUACAUGUUCUGCUAAACCGUGGAAUUCAGCUAUCAGCAUACAAAGUAUCACAAGCGUAAGUUAGUCAUCUCCAGUUUCAGAAAGAUAGUUAUACAUUUCUAACCAUGAUGUUCUAGAUGCUUCAAUAUAACAUCCUGAAUUUAGUUGUGUAAAAAUUCUAGGUCUAGCAUUUAUCAUCUUUGUUGUCAUGCUAUUUUCAUCUGUCUUGUUAUUGAUCCCCAUCAAUUAGUAUUUUUUUUCUAACAAAACUCCUGCAUUGAAGCUAGCCCAGUUAUUUGUGAAUAUGCUUAUGAGAGUAUGCAACCUGCAUAAAAUGUUUGAACAAUCAUAAUAGAUAUUUGGUACAGUGAGUGGGCCUCUUGAUAAUAUAGCAAAUUAAUGCUAAAUAAAAUUAAAAUAAGAAAACUGUGUCACAAUUAUCAUAAAGAUUGUUUCUACGUUUAGGGCGGCUGAAUUUUUUGCUUUUUACCUAAUAACGCCAUCAUAGUUGCCAACUCCACUCUAUCACUGGAAUCCCGACAGAGAAACUGCAAAAGGAAGAGAGGAAAGGAGUUUAGCUUUUCCAUUCAUGAAUGAUUAUAGUCACUUUGCACCAUCAGUUGCUAAUUAUCCACCCUUGCUCUUGUCUAUCUCCAAGUUCCUCCUAUAUGGGAAUAGUAUGUCAGGAGGGGUCACUUUCCAUAGUCAAUGGUGGGGGUAGAGUUCUUUUGUCGUUUUUAUCUUAUCCCCACCAACACUUGUGUAGGAUUUUGUCAUUAUCCAGCAGCGAAGAGUAGUGCUCUCAUAUUUUAUGUGAAGUCAACAUGAAAGCGACAGAAAGCCAUCUUCCUUGAUUCUUCAUUGUUUUUUAAGACCUUGGGUUAUCAAUGCUUGCUCCUUUUUGGUCUCAGAAACAAAGAACCAGUGGGCACGAGAUGAUCCUGCGUUUGUUGUGAUCUUUAGCGUCUUUUUGGUUAUUGCAACUACAGCGUACUGUGCUGCGUGAGUUUCUGGAGUCUUUAUUCAUUUUCAUUUUUUUGAAAAUUUUCAAUUAGCUUCCCCAGGAUAUAUUAAAUGAGGAGCAGUACAUUCUUUCCUGACCUUCUUCUAUGAACUCCAGAUAUUCUGAAAGUGCAGGCCAUGCUAGUCUUACAGUUAUUUCUGUGGUUAUUCUACAUUUCUUUGUGGUCGGUGGAGGUUUGGCUACAUGCUUUUGGUAAGACUAUUGUCAAGAUCCAUCAUCACCAAUCGUGUAUCAUUCCAAUUUUAGUAAUUAGUUUUACUUGGAUGCAAAUUGAAAAGCUUUUUAUGUAGUGUAGAUUGGGCCCACUUUUUAUUUCAACUGCUGUUGGGAUUUAAUUUCGACUCUUUUUUUCAAUUGGUAAGUUACGGUGUGACAGACGGUUUAGGCUAAAGUCAAGGAAUUGUUAUUCGAGUCGUUGCACUGACGCAUUGGGAUGGACUCUGUCAUAGUCAUAUUUGAAAGUUGUCUAUUCGUGGUCUUCUUUCUGAUCUCAUCUUUAUUUUACUCAGGGAAGAUUUCUGACCUCCAUUGUCAGUGCAGUUACUCUUUUUCGCGUUUAAGUUACCACCCAGUUCAUAGUUGAGAUUAAUUAAACGAUAAAAUGGCCCACCUAUUUCUUCUUUUCUAUUGGUUUGAUGUCCCUAAGUAUCCUUAACGUGAAUUGUCCAUCAUGGAGAGAACCAGAUGUGUGGAUGGUGGUUGAUAGACCAGAGUAUCUCACAGAUACUCUUCAGUGCACAGAGUAUCUCACAGAUAGAGAUGUUUUCAUUUUUUUUUAUUUAUGUUAAAGUUUACAGAAUGUCAUCAGAUUAUCUUACCUGAGGAUAAAGUUGAGAUUAUGUACAUUGUAGACACUCAUUAAUUGCAUUUUCCCAUGGAGUCUUUCUCACCUGGCCACACUGGUUACCCUAAGAAUUAUAGGUAACGCAAGAAUUAUGGGUAACAUGGUUGAGAUGAUGCAAAAUUGAUUGGGAUUAGUUAUUGUGCCUUUGGAAGAACUGAGUGGUGAAGGCUCUACUACGAACUGCACAUGAUAACUUUUCUUGUAAUUAUCUUUUAAAGCUAGUUGUUUAACCGAUACUUUUUUUUCUCACUCAUGUCUGUUCAUUUGCAUCAACUUACUUAAACAAAUCAUUGUCUGUCCCAAUUAUCCUCAUACAAGGGGAGAAAAUAGAAAAAAAUCACACUGGAGCACCCCUUAGUUCCCUAGAAAACUAAAUAGUAGCCCAAUUUUCUACUCCAUCUAGGAAAUUUUCUAUGUUGUUCCUCACCUCCUUAUGGGCCAUUGAUAUGCUCCAUAAUCUUCAUCAUAUCCGUAGAAUUCAUCCCCUGAACAUCUGUUCCAUCAACAUCAAUAAGUUAUGUUAGGUAUACUGUUAAAAAAAAACGUUUAGUAAACAUUAUCUCUGUUGAUAGUUAAUACUUUUGGAAGCCAUCCUGGGUCUAUUGUCCAUCAGAAUGGCCAACGUUGGGUUUAUUCAUACUGUUAAAAUAUGUACAAUUGAUUGCAUCUUAUUCAUGAAAGUCGUCUGAAAUAAUUACUUUUUUGUAGUCUACAUUUUAUUUUUUUAAUUAACUAUAAUUUCCACGUUUUCUGUUCCUCAAUACCACCGCUUUUUUGAAAGUGACACCACUAAUUACUGCUUAUACUUCUUAUGUUUGUUGUUUUGACUAGGUUCUUGACAAAUUCUUAUCUUCGUGAGGAGUCUCCAAAUAGUCAUGUCGUUGAACAGCGUGUUGAAUGGUGAGUUAUCAGACAUCUUUGCAUUGCUAAUAGUAGAUGUAAUAUUUCAAUUUCAUGCGUACACAUAUAUUGAUGGUUCAUUUAGUUGCAACUUUGUCUUGCAAUUUCACAUGAGGUUUAAUUAUCUUUUGUUGAAUCUUUUAUCUUGCAUUCGAAAUAACGUUCAAUUUUUUCUUAGCUCUGGAUGCGAUUUAAUUCAAAACGAACAUGUUAAGGAUAUUCCGAGUGAUGUUACCUUGAAACCAAUGGAGACAUUACAGAAUUUAAUCCAUAUCCUGUCACGAGUUGAAUACAAGACAUCAAUUGAUGAUGCAACUCAUGGAAGAUCACUAGUGUUCCAAAACCCUAAUUGAACUCCUAAGCCCUCUUUGCAUGCGACAUACCUUUCAAUCUCUCCUAUUAAAUUGACGAUAUUCUGAUGUUUACGACUCCUCAAGGCAAAGAAUGAAGAUCAAUGCCUCGUUUAUACUUUUGUUUUAAUAAUAUUUUCUACCUAGUUAUUAUAUAACAAAGCUUUGAAAUGCAUAUAAAAAUAUGAUAAACAAUACUUGGUCUCAGUAACGAGCAGUAGAGACGAUGAUGGUGCUUACUGGAGGUGCAUAAAUGUGCACAAUUUCUAUAUGAUAUUUAAAUAUAAGAAAUUAGAAUGUUCUAAUGAUCACCUGUUCUUUAUCCAUAUUACCUCAUAAAAAUCAUCCACCCUCGACCUCUUCUCUUAGAAAUUCAGCCUCUCACAUUACAAACCCGUGUAGAGGGAGAUUCAGUGAAGGAGACCCAUCUCACAACUUUCAAUGACUCCCACGUGGCUUCCUAAUACAAUGGAUAAUUACUUUGAAAAUUAAUCUCAUCAAGACCAUGUUUUCUUGGCAAUGCAGCAUGGUUUUCUCUCUGCUGUUUCGUAUGAUUCAAAAUGGCUUAAUCCUCAGAAUGGGCUUUGACCACCAAAUCCCUUUGAACAUUCUAAGUUGAAUCUGCGAGUUCAAGAGUAUCUUUCUUAAACAUAUGCUCACGUGAGUCGGAGUCAAUCCAGCUGGGGUUGACAGAUUUCGAGCAGGUAUUGGUGCGAUCGGCCUCGCCUCGCCCCUUUCAAGGGUGUUGGAUUCCAUAUAUGGCAUCAAACCAGCCAACUUGUUCUAGCGUAUGGAUCCCCAUGAAAGCAAAUUUUACUAAGACCAUCGUUGUUUAUGUCUCAACUCCCACCGUCUUCCAUUCCCAACUGAGCUACUAUGCGGUUGACUUUUCUUUUCUUCUCUUCCUCUUGCUCACAGGCUGUACGCAUUCGACGUCCACUGCAAUUCCUACUUCCCAGCGUUCAUUCUUCUCUACGGUAACCACGUUGACCUCCCCAGCUGCAGCAGAAAUGGUCCGGCGGCAGACCCCCUCACUGACCAGCUGAUUCUUCUACAGUGCUUCAGUACUUUGUGUCCCCAGUGCUAGUCGCCCAUGGCUUCUUCCCUCUUCUUCUGUCGAAUCUCCUCUACAUGGUGGCUUUCUCUUACUACAACUACCUCAACUUCCUCGGCUAUGAUGGUAAGAAGCCCACUUCCCUCUGGCUUUCCUCCGCAUAUCAUCCUUAAAAUCUUUUUAAUUGCAGUUCUGCCCUUUCUGGAGAAGACCACUCUGUUCUUGUACCCCAUUGGUCUGGUCAUAGUCCUCUGCCCUCUCAGUGAGUCCAAAGGCCCUCGUGUGUUUCCAUUAUUAGAACUUUUCUUCUCGCUGUAACUCUGGCUCUCUUCUCUGCAGUGAUCCUCGCCCGCUUCAACCCGACCAGGUAUCUCAUGGGCCUCUACUUCGGCUGGAGACCCUGA